GCUUUUGAAUUAAAAGAUCCCAGCGUGGGCUUAUAAUAAUAAUAGAGCUGAAAAAAAUUGAAAUAAAAUUAGGGCUGAAAACUGAAAGUUAUAUUUAUGUGUUAGAAAUCUGCAUGCGGUCGCGUGAAGGUGUGUACAUUCAGCAUGUGUGUCAGCACACUUCCUGUUCAACAGAGAUACAGAUUAGGCCAACGCGGACAGCUUUCAGUGUUCUGCAAAAUUUAGGUCCUGAGGAAGCUGCAUAGAAGAGCAAUUAUAUUUUCCCUUGCUGAUGCCAUUUUUGUGUUUGCUCUACGAAUUCUUCACUAUGUACUCCAUGUGUGUAUUUUGAAUACAAAGAAUGUAAUAUAAAAGAAAAAAUUCAGUAUGUGCGUUUUUUUGUUUUUUUUCACUUUGUGCCUGCUAGACUGAUCUUUAUGAUUAUUUAAACUACAUUUACGUCUGCAAGUAAGAGGCUAAUGGUAUUGCUCCACAAAACUAGCAAUGGUAUGAUUUUUUUGAGGGAGGGGUGUUUUCCUUAUUAUACAAAAUUACAAACUAGAAAUAUAAAUUCUAAUUGUAACUAACGUGACUCUAGGUUAGAUAGAAUUAUUCUGGCUUGACCCAAAAGGUUUUUGCACCUUGGUCCGUAAAACAAAUCACCUUGCCCAACCCGCAACAGCCUGGUUGCAUAUAUUGGAUAGGGCUUGGGUGCUUGUACCAUAUGCCCAUGGUGCAACCACUAACUUUCUGCUGCGCUGUCUUUUGUACUGCAAAUGCUUUUCACAAUCAGUUGCAAAUAAUCAAUGACUCAUCUUGAAGAAAACAAUAGCAUUGAAAACUUAAUCCUUUUUUGUUGUUGUUGUUGUCUCCCCUUGAACAACUUGCCUAAAAAUCUCACAAACCAAGUUUUUCAACAAACAUUUAAAAAAAUAUUCCAACCAGCUUCAAUAAAAGGGGAAAUGAAAAAGGAAGUGGAUUAUAAGUCAACAUAUAUAUAUUAUACACACUUUUAAACUUCAAAUCCUGUAUUAUUUUACAAAUGGAUAUGAUCAUAUCAACCAAAAUAUCAAAUGACUCUGCCUAAGCACACACGCAAGCAGCUUACCAAAAAUAUGCUGUCUCAGGAUGGCCACUAUGAAAACGGAGAGAUUGCAGAUCAGAACUAAAAAUAUUAAUUAAAAACCCUUUAAAACGGUACGUUUUAUUUUAAAGAGUCAGAGCAAUAAAGAAAAUAAGUUAUGGUAAACUGCCCUGGGUGCAACAAGACCUAGGGGCAACAGUUUUCACCAUCUUCGAAAAUAAAGCAAGUUGAGCUGAGUGAAAAAAAAAAUUAACAGAGCACCUUCCCUUGGGUUGUUGUUGACGUAUCUAUUGAUAAUAUCUUAAAAGUAUAGAUCUUCAGCUUUUGUUGUUUUUUUGUAUACUUUGUAAAAUAAGCAACUUUCCCUAAAUUUUAGGAGCAUUACAAGUCCUAAAUAGUUGAUAAUAACUUCCAAAAAAACUAACAAACAAAUGUUGCAUUUCGUGGGAUUCGGUUUUAUUGUAAAAUCCCUUCCUAGUGUUAGAAAAAAAGUACAACAAUUGAUUUGAAAAUGUGCAUUUUACGACCCAUGUAUGUUAGGAACGUUACUGGACAAGUAAUGCUAACCAAAGCAGACAAAAAAAGUUUUCCUGGCUCCUGUCAGAAGAAGAGGAUUCGAACACAGUAUUUAUUAUCAGUCAGGGCAAACUUAAAACUGUAUGAUGGUUAAAAAAAAGAGCAAGUAAUUUGAGAUAGAAUAUUAUGAAAAGGGAGCAUUUAAUUCCUGUUAGGACUAUUACCGGACAAGCAAAUGAAAUGGAAAAACUCUAAAAGAGGCGAUUUAUCUCAUAGUUAUAGAUGCAAAACAUACAUUUAAACAAAGGGCAACUAACAACAUUAUAAAUAUGACCUGAAAAAGAAACAAACUAAUGCAUAUUAUUAUUAAAGCGGAAGAACUGAUUUUUUUGUUAGGAUAGUUACGGGACAAACAAUUUAAACAGAAAAUGUGCUUAGCCUGAAAUGUCUGAAAGAAAUUUGAGCAUAACUUGUGCUAACACUGAGUAUCAACUUAAAACAUAAUGAUAUCGCAGAUAACUCUUGGAGCAGGGUAUUUGAAAGUUAAGGGGAAAGGAGCUGUUAGGAACAUCACCGAAAGCAAAAGAAACUUCCUGCAGGGGACAUUGAGAUAGCUCAACCAAUUAAAUCACAGUAAAGAUGAAUAAAAUGAAAUAAAGAAAAGCAUCAUAAUGAAAUGUCAAAAUUAAUCCCAAAAAUUCCAAAGUGUUAGGAAGGUAACAGAUUUACUUUCGCGUGUAACCAACCUUCCUAUCAAAGAUCAGAUUACUUCUCAUAACUCCGAGAACGCUUUGGUUGAACACGAGUGGGGACCAGUAAUGUGGGGGUUUUCUAUAACAUUUUGUGAAUUUAAAUGGUGCUGCAUUUUAAGUAUAUCAGUUUUUGAAUUAGAACCAUUGUCAGAUAGAUUACAUGGGACAAGAUCGAUGUUGUCGUCCAAAUUCACAUUCUUCGGUACUAAGCCUAAGUUCUCGUUUUCUUUGCACUUGCACUAAGAGCCGACUGUAAAUUGCAGUGUAUUUAAGCAUUCUAUGCAUCUUAAAAGUUUCAUAACUUGAUGAAAUCAUAAUAAAAAGAGAAAAAACGUUAACCUCGUGUUAGCAACAUUACAUUAUGUUUGGAACAUAACAAGGCUAACAACAGCAGACGACGCACUGAAACAACCUGUACAGAGCCCCUCAAUUUGGCAAAUGACGCCAAAGCAGGCAAACAAAAGCUAAUAGCAAAAGCAGUUUCUAAAAAUAGUGAUCGGAAACUCCGUCUAUGAUGAAGUUAGUGCAGAAACAGAAGUGCAGGAACAUUACAUCUGGACGACGCACAAAAAUGGAUCCUUCAAAAGACGCGGAGGCUGAAGUAUUCAUACGUACUGAGUUCAACCUACAGAUGGCAAGGCAUAGAACAGUCACUAUUCAUCAGGUUUAUUUUUGCCCUGUAGUUGCGGACUGUGGCAUGGACAUUUUGAUUGGAAAUUUGAAAAGUGACUUAUCAAACCUGUUUGGUGAGCCAAAGAAUCAAGUGUGGACUCACAGGAACAGAGUCUUGGAGAACGAAAAGACUUUCAGACAGUAUAAUUUUGACUACCAUCAUGAUGACAGGAGACCACUGAAAGUUCAUGUGCGCUCAGUUAAACAUUUUGAAUAGAGAAUGCUUGUUGGUUCUCAUCAUGUUAGGGAGCUGGGGAAAUUUUUACAAACAUUGUUUUGUACAUUUUUUCUUCUUUUUUUUUUUGGUGGGGGGGGGGGGGCACUUUAACACCUUCUAAUAUUACAUUAUUUUUUUUUUACAGGAUGCAAGAAAAGAAACAUUUAGGAGAAAAUUAUGUAAUUGUUAAAGAAGCUUUCAAGAUUUUAAUAAUAAAAAACACCAGUUCUGUACUUUAUGCAAAGCAUUGUACAUGUAAUGAAACCAGGCACUCAUCCAGAUAAUAAAAUGGAAGAUACCGGCAUUUUUUUAGCUGGUUUGGAAGUUUUUAUCUAAUUUGUGGGGGGGGGGGGGAGGCUCAACACAUUUUAUGUCCAUUUAAAAACAUAUUCUGUGUGGAUCAUACUGAAAAGUGUUGUUAAAGGCACAAAAAAUGUGAAUUUUCCGUUUCCGAGGACACGCAAGCUUAGAAAGUCACCAAACUUUAACAACCAUUUUCUAGAUAUCUAUACUUUUACCUCUAAAAGGAGGCCAACCCUACCUCUUUAAUAAAUCGUAAAUAUCUUGAAUUCUAUUCAAAUAAUAGAGAGGUAUUUUUUUCAUCAAAAGCAAGAUCAAUGAACAAGCUUUAAGGUGAUACAGAUACCUUCAUAUGCCCUAAAAGUGACGAGCGCCUGAUUCCAUCGCAUCAUUACAUAUAUUAUGCGUUGUAUUGAUUUUCAUCUCCGUUGGCUUAGUAGGCCUACUUAGUAUUCCCUGAUCAAAACAUGACUAGGUCUUACAGCCUGUAGCUUGCGCCUGCAAGUUUUGCCACCUAAGUAUGUGAUUUUUACAGAAAUGAAAAGUAAACGCAACAAACGUCAUUCUCUAAGCGUGGUCAGAACUAGUACAUGUACCUGUAGACUACCGUCACAUCUGGCAAGUUGAGACGAAAUCCACAAUCAACUUCUUUUUUUUUUUAAAGCAAGAUUUUUACCGCUUAAUGAACUGAUUUGAGACACUUUUUUAUUUUACUAAAAGCGACAAAAAUGGUUAGCCUUUCUAGACAAUUCUGAACAUACCCUGUGUGUGCCACUCAAGUUUUUUAAACGGUUCACAUGAUUUCUUUUGUGAUGGUCGAAAGCUUGCUGGUUGUUCUGUCCAUUCUUGAUUAUUUGUGUAAGCCAUUUGAUUUUGCUUCAAUGUUCUUCAUGUUUAAAAUCUGUCCCUCUUUGUUGAAUUUGAAGCUGUAUUAUAAGUAUGGUUUGACACUGAUAAAAAUUAAAAAGCAGCUCCUGAGACUAGAAUACAGAUGUGUACCUGAAUGAAACUAUUGUUGGCUAUUUGACUUGCUGAAACAAAAUUUAACAAGAUAAGAUCGUGCAAUCUGUUGGAUUUUUUUAUCAUUAUACUGGCAGUUUUUUGAGUGCCGAUAUUUGUUUUGUUUUUUUUUCACAACUGAUCUUAAGUUACUUUUGAAAUUAUUAUCAUUUGAUAUAUAUAAGUUUGCCUUGUAUUUUGUUUUUUAAAAAUUGCUAUGGAUAUGUAGUGUUUAGUUCAAAAAUUGUAAAAAGUAAAGGAUGAAAAUUCAAAAUGGAUUUCAUUAUGCAAUAAAUAUCAGCUUAAUAGUCCUUCUUCAACUUUAUCUUAAACAAAACAAAAUAUCUAAAUAAAAAUUAAAGGCAUGAACUCAG